AUGACGGAAGUCCUAACCAUUCUUCAAAAUUGCACUUCUGCUGCAUGUUUUACGGUCUGUGAGCGACAAAAGAGGGAGAGUUUGUACGAAGAAGAGAGCCAGAGCGGCAGAGGAAGAGAUGAUCAUCCUGAUAUAUUUCCUCCACACCUGUCCACAUACGGGAAGCUGAGAACUUGCUCAAUUCUGUUGGAGCUACAAGGAGAUCUACUCUAUGAUCACUUUAGUGGAAAAGAAGAUAUGUGGUUUGAUUUAAUGGCAGAUACUGGUGAUGACGGGAACUCGUCUUCUUCGGUUGCAGGAGUACUUGGAUAUUGGAGCUGGUCUAUUACACAGUUGUUUGGUACUAUGAGAUGCUGUGUUUUAUGA